CUGGACUUUUGACUGUUUGAAAAGUCAACUCCCCCAAUACAUAAUAUUUUUCUUUUCAAAGCCGGCUCCAAGAAUCCAUAUCCGUACAAAAGAAACAUAACCCAUCAAGAAAUCAGUCGGAUAUUGGUUGGUUGCUGCUUGGAACCUCCAAUUCGAUUCAAUAUAUGUUCAAAGUUUUCAGCUUUCUGUCAAAUUGUUCGAUUUUGACAUUUGUUUGGUAAAUUCUGCACUUGGAUCUCAAUAUUGUGUAUGUUUUUCGGUUUGGUGUUGUGGUGAAUUUGUUGGUUUUGGGUUGCACACCAGGUGUUUGAUGAAAUUCCUCUUUUGGUCUGUAUGUUUUUUUGAUUGUUAGGUUUGAGGGAAUUCAUGGGUUUUGGGUUGCACACCAAGUGUUUGAUAAAAUUCCUCUUUUAGUUGGGUUGUUUUCUGUGUGUUUAUUCUUUUUUGUUAGUUGUACAUCUUCAUAUGGGAGGGUGUAAUCCCAUGAUGGAGACACUGGAAGAAGAGAAUUUGAUUGCUGCUGCUAGGCUUCUUCUGAGGGCAUUAGAUUCCAACAAGAAAAUAACCGAUAAAGCUAGGAAAGUCUUGGCCGAUGUGAGCGCGCGAUUGACAUCCGUGAUGAAGAUCGCUGCACCCAAAGAUGAAGAUGAAGAUGAAGAUGAACAAGAAGGUGGAGAAGUUACCGAUAUCAGAGAACGAAUUAAUUUGAUUCUGGAAAAGAUCGUGACUUGGGAAGGUGGUGAUUCGAUGAUAUGGGAUUGUGAUCCUGAAGACGGUAAGGAGUAUUUGAAGACGGUGGACGAAGCUCGAAGACUAGCCGAGAGUUUGGAGAGUUUGAAUCUGAGCAAAGAUGAAACCGAGCUUUUGAGAAACGUUAACGACGUUAUUCAUACAUCCAUGUCUAGGAUCGAGGAGGAGUUUAGGCGUAUUCUUGUUCAGAAUAUGCAAAACUUCGAGCCUGAACGUUUUUCUUUUCGGUCUAAUGAAGAUGACAGCCUAGAUUUGAACUCAAUCGUUUCAUUCGGGGAUGAUUCAAUUGAUGAAUCGGUUCAGAGAGAUAGUUUGAGCCGUGGUGGCUCUGAGGUUGUGGUUAUGGAUCUGGUUAAUCCUCAAGUGAUUCCCGAUCUCAUAACCAUUGCUAAUUUGAUGUUCGAUUCAAAUUACGGUCGAGAAUGUUGUCAAGCGUUCAUAAGUGCGCGUAAAGAGGCGCUAGACGAUUGUCUUUUUGUUCUCGAGAUUGAAAAAUUGAGCAUCGAAGAUGUGUUGAAAAUGGAAUGGGUGUCGUUAAAUUCACGGAUCAGGCGAUGGACCAAGGGGAUGAAGGUGUUUGUACGCGUUUAUCUCGCAAGCGAAAAGUUUUUAUGCGAGCAGAUUUUCGAUCAAAUUCAAACCGAUCCCGUGAGCUCAAUCUGCUUUUCUGAGUUGUCGAAAGCUUCAAUGCUGCAGCUUUUAAAAUUCGCAGAAGCGAUUUCGAUCGGUCCUCACCAACCCGAGAAACUGUUAAAGAUUCUCGACAUAUAUGAAGUACUAUCGGAUCUCAUACCCGAUAUCGACGGUUUAUACUCUGAUGAAAACGGGUCCUGCAUCAGAACCGAGUUCCAACACGUUCUAACGCGUGUCGGCGAUUGUGUGAAAGUGACAUUUAUUGAGUUUGAGAACGCCGUGGGGUCCAAUACGUCAAAUAGUGCAUUCCCGGGUGGCGGGAAUCACCAUCUUACUCGGUACGUGAUGAAUUACAUCAAAACGUUGACCGAUUACGGUGAUUCAUUAAACGCUUGUUUGAAAGACCAUGAGCAGGCGGUGGACGAUCAAGAUUCUUCAUCCUCACCCGACACGAGUCCCGGGAAUGAUAACAACGAUACAAACAACGGGAACUCGUCUUCUUCUCCAAUGGCCUUGCAUUUUAGAUUACUAAUGUCGAUUCUCGAACACAACCUUGAGGAGAAAUCGAAGUUAUACAAAGAUGAAGCUCUGAGACACCUUUUCAUGAUGAACAACAUUAAUUACAUGGCAGAAAAGGUGAAAAAUUCGGAGCUAAGAAAUAUUCUCGGGGACAAUUGGAUCAGAAAACAUAACUGGAAGUUUCAACAACACGCAAUGAGCUACGAACGGGCCACAUGGAGCUCGAUUCUGAAUUUACUUCGACAAGACGGUCUAUCUGGUUCCGGUAGUUCAGGUAGUUCAACUUCGAGAACUCUGCUUAGGGAGAGGCUGCAUGCGUUUUACACCGCCUUUGAAGACAUUUACAAAAGUCAAACCGGAUGGUCAAUACCGAAUAGUCAACUUCGUGAAGACGUGAGGAUCUCCAUGUCGCUUAAGGUGAUUCAAGCUUACCGAAAUUUUGUUGGUAGACAUAAUAAUAAUAUAAGUGAGAAGUAUAUCAAAUAUUCAGCCGAUGAUCUUGAGAAUUAUAUCAUGGAUCUGUUUGAGGGAGCUCCGAAAUCGUUACAUAGCUUCCAUAGAAAGUGAUACCACUAGUGGGCUGGCUUCUUUGUGGUAUGGUGUCGGUUUUUGGUUCAGGUUAGUAGAUCAAGCAAGUGGAAAGCGGCCCUGUGGGCUUCGGCAGGUUGGUAGAUCGAGCCAGUGGAAACCUGGCCCUGUGGGCUUCAGCGGGUUAGUAGAUUGAGCCAGUAGAAACCGGGCUUGUGUGCUUAGGGUUCACAUGUAUUCUAGGACUUGUUGGGUUUUGGUUUGGACUUCAGGUUUUGGGUCCAGACCACACCCUUACUAUGUAACAUUACAUUUAAACUGUAAAUCUGUAUUGUGUCAUGAAAUAUUUGGUUAAAUCUUUUAAUUAUUUAAUUUUAAGUAUUAGAAACUACAA